GAGGAUUUCAGUUAGCUAAACUCUUGCUCAGGUAGGGGCUUACAAUGCACUCGAGAGAAAGAGAGCUCUUCGGCCGUGCACGAGGAUUGUGGAAUGAAUGCACUGAACACGAAGCUUAGGGGCGGUAAGAAUUUCAUGUACCGGAAGCAAAAGACAAACAAACGGGGAUCCCAUGAUGGCGAUGAGCUCCGGAGAGGAUGCAGUAACUUUGCAACACCGGACUGACUGCGCACGAGAGAGUCGCCAAGGUUUCGGAAGAAGCUUCGGUCUUCAAUGUACUUGUACAGAGCAUCUGCACUGUCCAUUGAUGGAAGAGAUUUUUACGUCCGAACCUGUCGAUGGGAGAUUCCUGUGGUUCCUCGGGGCGUGCCUAUGGCGCUGGGGAACGUCGCACAGCGCGGCGGGCGACGACGUUCAGAGGCUAUCUGCUCUGUAUUGGACGUAACAGGAUUCCUGUGGAACUGCGUUCACAUGCGAGGAUGUCCACUUUCCAGCUGGUGGGUUUGCGUUCGUCACCGGAUUGCGAGUCCGAAAACCUUAUCCGACUCUUGCUCACAUGAAGAACUCGAGGCGCCGACAAGUGUUUCCACGAGCUCGGACCCUACACUUGGAGACAAAACUAUCCGCUUACUUGGUAGAGCCCCUGGAGGUGCUUCUCCGAGGCACGUGGUGCCAUCUCCUGGCAUAGUUGUCGAGUCACGCAGGCGGCAGAGGCGGCGACCACUACUAGAGAACGUCUCGAGGAGUUUGGAUUGCAAGACAAUGACAAGCUGAAUGUCUCUGAACAUUCACAAUUGUUUCAGGAAACAUUGUUAUGGCGUCGUGUUAGACACUGCCAGGUGCAUAUCUUAUCUGUCCUCGUGACGCGUUAUGCAGUAGGAAUUUCACAGUUUUAGGAAACUCACUUCGUCAGAAUAGCACUUCAGUAAUCGCUUGUUAACCACUCUCUCUUGUGAUGGAAAUUCGUCCUCAUCCAGUCGUAACCAAGGAGUGCUUCGUUACGUUCCAGGUGAGGAAUUCUAAACACGUAGAGACAAUUAUGUGGGCAUGUAUUUCACUAUUUCAGUGCUCAAUGUUUCAUUUUGGUCUUUGUGCUCG